AUGUCGUCAGCCGCCAAUCAGCAGCGGAAGGCUGAGAUCCUCGCCAAAAAGGCCAAGCUAGCAGAGCUGAAGCGGCAGAGGGAGUUACGCCAGAAGGAGUUCUCUCAGUCCCGGGCUAGUACUGGGGAUGCCUCAGAGGUUGUCUCACCAGUUCCCAGUCGAUCCGACAGUAGAGCUGAGCUCGAUGAUCUAAUUUCCCGUCUCGUUGACCGUCCCGGCUCCGCUGCGGUGAGCGGUGCAGAUGGCCUCUCGCGGAAAGGAAGCCGGCCAAAUUCGGUGUUGAGCGCCAGCCAACUCAGCGGAGACAACACAGAAGCACUCAGUCCACCUACGCGACCACUUUCACAAUCUAUCGCGGUGCAGACGGUAGGAACCGAGCCUUUUAUCGCCAUCCCUGAACUCCAACCGGCCCCUGAAGCCAAACCGGAAGUCGUUACGUACAAUAAGGGGGUCCAGACAGACGACUUGCAACAAGGAGAGCAAGACGCAUCCUCUCUCGAGUCAGAUGACGAGGGAAGCCCAGACUUCAAGCCAGCAAGCAAGAAACGACGGGAGCGCGAUGACGAGAUUCGCAAGAAGCUCCGCAAGGAAAUUGAGGAGGAACUCCAAGCCACACAUGAAAGCGCCCAGAAUGAAGCUAAUGUGGACUCCUCCCUGCGGUACCCUCUACGGCAACUUGAUGAUGACGAGCUGAAGGCUGUCACAUCUUCCGAAGACUUCUUGGAUUUCGUCGAGCGGUCCGCGAAAGUCAUUGAGCGUGCUCUGGAUGAGGAAUAUGACGUUUUGACCGACUAUGAGCUAGGAGGAAUGGAUGCGGAGUUGGAGGAUGAUGACGAGCACGGCAAGAAAAAGAGGGGUAUCAAGGAGGUCUGUCAAUUUUGGGAUGAGCGGUGGAGCAAGAAACGCAUGAUCAGUGAUAUUUGUUUCUCUCCUAAGUUUUCCGAACUUGUUCUCGCUUCAUACACCAAGAACCCUUCAGCACCUCACGAGCCCGAUGGUCUUGUACAAAUUUGGAAUCAGCACCUGCACUCCCGGCCGGAGUAUGUGUUCCACUCAACCUCUGAUAUCUUAACCGCAAAGUUCUCGCCAUUCCACCCUAACAUCAUCGUCGGCGGUUCCUAUUCGGGCCAAGUACUUCUCUGGGACACUCGCUCGUCGCGCGCCGGCGGUGGUGCACCUGUCCAGAAGACUCCCCUGACAGGCGCCGGGCACACUCACCCAGUAUACAGCAUCUCUAUUAUCGGGACACAGAACGCCCAUAACAUCAUCACCGCGUCUACAGAUGGCGUUGUCUGCGGCUGGACCGUUGACAUGCUCUCCCAGCCGCAGGAGUAUCUCGAACUCUCCACCCCCCCGCCGUCAAAGACUGAAGACCUUGCACCAACAACGAUCUCUUUCCCCCAAUCCGACCCAACAUUCUUUAUUGUCGGUACCGAAGAAGGCGGCAUCUAUCCCUGUCACCGCUACGACCGCGCUGGCGCCAAAGCAGGCACUGACCAUCGCCUCGUAUACCGCGGUCACGCCGCACCCAUCAUGUCAACAGCAUUCCACCCAGCGCGUGGACCCGUCGAUCUCGGAGAUCUCAUGCUAAGCUCUAGUCUCGACUGGAGCGUCAAGCUCUGGCGCAUCCGCCCUCCGGCUGCGACGGCUCCGGUGGCCACAUCAGGCAUUACGGACACUCAAGUUAUUACGCCUAUUCUUGACCUCAACCGUGAAGAUGUCGUGUACGACGCACGCUGGUCUCCGCACCGACCCGGUGUCUUCUCUCUCGUCGACGGUGCAGGAAAUCUCGAGGUCUGGGACCUCUACACAGACACCGAAGUUCCCGCCGUACGGACCACCCCAUCGAAAGGCCGCGCGGGCGUCCUCUCCCGCAGCUUAAACAAGGUCGCCUGGGAGGAACGCGAGGGCCGCCGCCUUGCAACCGGUGGCCUAGACGGUGUUGUUACCGUCUUCGAAGUCGGGAGAGGCCUCAGCGGUACGCCCGACGAUGUUCCCUCUGAAGAAUGGACGGGCAUGAAGCGCCUUGUUAGUAAACUAGAACAGAAGGACAAGGAGCGAAUGAGCUAA